GAUAUGAGGAACUUGAGGUUCGCCCUGAAGCAAGAAGGUCACAGCAGGAGAGAUAUCUUCGAGCUCAUCUUCAAAUACGCCUUCCCCCUCUCACACGGUCUGCCACUGUUUGCAUAUGUGACUCAGGAGAAGUACGGGGAGAACGGCUGGGACAUCUACAAACCCAUAGAGGAGUUCAGACGGCAGGGCUUACCCAAUAACAAGUGGCGCAUCACCUUCAUCAAUAAGAACUACGAGCUGUGCGACACCUACCCCACCGUGCUGGCCGUACCCUUUAAUAGUAAAGAGGAGGACCUCAGGAGAGUGGCAGCCUUCAGGUCCAGAGGACGCAUACCG